AUCUUUCUCUGUGGUCAUUUGGAUCUGGAAAGGUCAGGCAGUUUGGAGUCCUUCCGUUGUCCAAACUAGAAAUAAAUGAUUUGAGCCAAAAGCUGAUGUUAAUGAAAAUAGUCACAUAGGGAUUUCUUAUAAGCUUUGAAGAGGCCACAGUGGUAGGCAUUCAGGGAGGUUACAGUAGUGCACCUAGAGGUUCUAGCCUUCCAAGGAUCUUUGUUAGUCUAAAUGUAAUUAAUAUUCUUCCUUGUUAAUCCUGUUCUCUGAUGAAGUAAUUUUAACAUCAAUACAGAAUAGUCAUCAUCUCAUAAAGAAUAAGAUAUCUCAGAGGCUCAAGUAGUAUGGUUUCAAAGGUUACCAAAUCUGUCUGCUUGCUACUCUGUUCUGCCACUAAGAACCCAUCUUUAGCAUCAUAGCUGUUUCAUAGCAACCUUCAUUGAUGCGAACAAUGAGCUCCUCUGUGCCUCGGGGGUAAAUAGAGCCGACCAGAGUCAGGCAGCACCAGUCUGCCUCACACUAGGCAGGUCCUGAUUCACUUAUAACAGGACGAGCUGCCUAGUUCUUGUGCUCAAAGGAGCACUCACUUGCUCCUUUGGAAGGGUGUGUUGGACUAAGUCUCUAACCUGGGCUGGUCUCACACGUGUGUAUAGCUGAAGCUGACAUGGAACUUGUGAUCUUCGUGAGUGCUGGGAGAAGGGCUGUGCAAACUCCCAGUUUGUGUGGUGGUAGGGAUCAAAUCCGAGCUUCAUGCAGGUGCAGAAAGCGUGCUGCCACACUCCACUAAAGCUUUUUCUUUUCAGGAGACAGGUCUUAGAGUUAGCCCGUUUAGCCCAGGCUAGCCUUGAAUUUGCCAGCAGUCCUGCCUCUUUCAGGCUGCUGUCACCAUACCUUGCUUUCCAUUUCUUUGAAAGUCUGUACAGUGAAGGUAGUUAAAACUGUGAAUGGGGCUUUCAGGUGCAGUGUUCAAAGGGACCUACCUGAAAUGGACAAGAGGGAGUCACGUGACUCCAGUCCAGAGUUGUCUGGUUUUUUUUUCAAGACGGUUUCUUGGUGUAACAGCGCUGGUUGUCCUGGAACUCGAUCUGUGGACCAGGCUGGCCUUGAAUUCACAGAGAUCCACCUGCCUCUGUCUCCUGAGUUCUGGGAUCAAAGGUAUGCGCCACCAGGCCCAGCCAAAGUUAUCUUUCUAAUAGAGGUAGUUUAGGAAUAUUCACAGUAAAUUAUUCAAGAUAUUCAAAUUAACAUCCUAGCCCAACCUUGCCUCACCCCUUUUGUAAGAUGGGUUUUGUAUUUGAUCAGAUUUAGUAUGGGACUUUGAAACUCUCCCACAGUUUGGAAGGGAGGGAAAGAGUUAGCUUAUACACCUGGGUAACAUGGAAAUUCACUUCAGCUUCUCAGGUCUUUUCCUUUUUUUCCUUCUAAAGCCUGUGGGUUUAAGUUCAUUAGGAAGUGACAAGAAUUGUGCCCUGGAAGACGCCCCUGGCAGGCUUAAGCAAGCAAGCUUAAAGAGUCAAGCGACAAUACUGUAAAAAGUCUUCCUGCCUGUGGCCUUACCUAAGAAUAUGGACCCCGCUUCUGUGCACAUCUGUGCAUGCGUCUGUUUUGCUGACAGCUGUACAUUAUAAUCUCUCAAUGCUCAGGGCUAAUCCAAGCUGGAGGCUCUGUUGUGGUACAAUAGAACAUUCAUCUGGAAUGCCUGCUAGUAAAAUACUCACUGAGUCAUGAAGACUGGGGCCAUCGUUUUUAUCCUUAGGAGUCUGUUAUCAAUAACCUACCUGCCUUUGGUGUUGAUGACACUGGACAUCCCUGAGGAGCUACAAAAGGCCGUGGGGAGAGUCAUUGUCAAUGCCACAGCAUGCAGUGUAACAUGUGGCCUUGGCUACAAGGAAGAGACAGAGUGCGAGGUGGGUCCCGAUGGAGUGAGGAGAAACUGCACGUUCCAGCGUUUGGAGUGUGUGACCAACUGGAUCUGUGGGAUGCUCCAUUUCACUGUCGUCCAUGGGAAGACGUUUGAGCUGAACUGUCUCAGCUCUGACAUCCUGGAGAAAGGGCAGGAAGCCUUCCGCUUCACCUGGAAGCUUGCCCGGGGCAUCAUCUCUACUAACGACGAGCUUUUCAGACCCUUCCGAGCCAAUUCCCCCUUUAUAGGAUUUAAACCAGCCCAUGAGUAUAACGCUGGGACGUAUCGAUGUGACGUGCAGCUGCUAAAAAACUUGAAAUUUGUCAAGAGGCUUUAUUUUGGACUGAGGGUCCUUCCUCCAAAGUUGGUAAACCUAAAUUUCCAACAGUCCCUUACUGAGGAUCAGAAGUUGAUAGACAAGGGCUGGGAAGUCAAUCUGGACAAUGGGUCUAAGCCUCACCUCCCCGUGUGGCAAAGGAAAGUGACAUCAGCCUUGGGCAUAGGAAUUGUGACUGGAGUGGUUGGCGGCGUGUUGGUGAGCGUUGCUGUCUUCAGGGCCCUGGGAGGGACUGAUGGCAGUGGGGACCGUACCCGCUUAUGAUGCAAGUCUUCCUCCCAGGAGGCUGGCUACCCAGGAAGCUAAGCUAGAUUGUAUGUGAGUAUCCUGUGCCUCUGAUGGUGAAGUGGCAAGAGGGGCUCUCAGCCAGAGCUGGCUAGGAGGCUGGGAAGAUAAGAUGUAAUCUCAGUAGUUCAGGGCAGCAUCCACCAUUGUAUUCAGGUUUCCCUGGUCCUAGAUGCUCAGGAGACCCACUGCAGGCUUAGGCUCUGUCCCUAGAGAGAGUUCUGUCUUGCAAGCUUGUUUUUGUGCCACACUUCCCAGUGUGUGUGCCCCGCUCACCUCCACUCCACCUCUCUGAACAGUGUAUAGACCAGAAUGUACUAAUCGCAGCCUUUUAUGUUGGGACUUUUUUUAAUUUAUUUAUUUAUUUUUUGUUCAAUAAAAAUAAUUCACAGGAA